GUUAACACAUGUGCAAGGAGGACACCAAAAUAGAAUAGACAGCAAUGGAUCCAAUGAUUGGUUGUGAGAAAGAGGCCCAGCAGAGAGGUGGGCAUAUAAUUAAUAACACUUUGACACCAUAAUCUUUCAAAUUAAAUUAAAAUCUGCUGAUGUAUGCAAGGCCCAUAAAGGGGUUUUGUUCAGGAGCAGACAAACAUUACUCAAUUAAACCGAGACGACGUCUUCCCGGGUGAACCGUCGAACAAAAAACAUCUACACGGUGGUUUACGGUAAUUCAUCCCAUGAUUCUUUUCUGCCAAACGCUAUGCUUUGUUUCUAUCUUCAUAAACACCAAAGGCGGCUCAACGCCAUUGUUUGUUUGAGGCGCACGUAAACAUCUGCAUUGAGACAGCGCUAGAGCUGCCGGGUCAAAGGGCGAGCCUUUACAUCUUUAAAGUGUCCCGUUAAAAGAUGGACACCGCGAAUAGCGCCGUGUUUCAGGCGCAGUUAACGUCUAUCAUGGAAACGCUAGCGAAAACAGCUGCUGUGCAAAUAAGCAAACUUUUCGAGGAGAACGCGUCUCUUCUGCGCUUGGAGGUUACGCGGUGCACGAGCGAAAACGAGUGCCUGAAAAAGAAAUGCAGUUUUCUGGAGAAUGAACUUAGGUGUGCGCGGAAAAGCGCUGGGAAGGUGAGCAGGACAGAAGCUCCGUCGAGUCACUCUGGGCUUGCAGAUGCUGGCCAUCGUCCCGCAAUCGACAACGUCUUCGGCAAGGAAUGGUGCAUGAACCUCUGGAGACACGAGGAGGCACAUGUUGGAGAGCAGGAGGACACGCAUCUGGGCUCUCCAGUCAUCAUAGGAGAGCCAGUAAACUUGCUUGAAGAGGAACCCGACAUGAUCAUGAUCAAGGAGGAGGCAUUUGAAGAUUGCUCUUCUGGGAUAAACGAGGAAGACCAAGAUAAUCAGAGUGUGCAAGGCGCAGUCCAAGAGGAAAUCAAAAAAAUCCUCCCAGAGUUGGACCUAAACAAGCUUCAGAAUGUGGUCAGUCAUCUUUCGUUAGUGGUGGGUGUGGAGAAGACGGAGGACCUUUCCCUAGUAGAGGUGUCCGAUCUUCAAGACUUUCUGGAGCCAAUACAGUGUCGAAAACUUGUAAAAACAUUCAAACAAAGAGAAUCCAAUGGUCAAGCGGAUGGAACAUCUAACGAGAUGACGUUCACUCCUUUAUCAUCAAACGAGUCCCUUCCAGAACAGUCCUUUAUUCCCUCAUUCAUCAAAUCCAGCUGGGUCAGAAGUUUCCAGGUUCCCUGGAACCGCAUGCCAGCGGCUCUCGCUCAGGCCACGUCCACUGGAGAGAGAGCUCGACCAGGACCGAGAAGGGAGUUUGUUAGGCUCGUGGUGGCAGCCAUGCAAGCCCACUGUCCGAACCCAAACUUAGCCGCUUGUGGGGAAGUGGCACGAAAUAUCGUGUCUGCAUAUCCCCUGACCUUCGGAGACAUUUCUGAGGAAGGAGAACAGCUGGGAAACGGCUUCAGUUGCUUACAAAGACAGCUAAAAACUAGGGUGGAACAUGUGAAUAGAGAUGUUAUGGAGCACAGGAUUCGUCGACCUAGAAGACCAUCAUCGAAAAGACCUGGACAACAGGACAACUACAUAAGGACAAAAGUACGAUGUAAAGUGGACAGUUACGGAUGCAUCAAUUGGCAGCCGUCUUCCAUCCCAGAAGGUGAGACGGCAGAAUCUCUUGAAAUGAAGAGGAAGGUUGCGGCUGAGAUUUUUCAGUCUGCAGGACCAAAAGCUGCCGAGUUGCCCAACGUAGAUGACUUAAUGCAGCAGACGUAUGUUUACCAGCGCCACAUGAUCAACUCAUGCCCCCCUCCUACCAUCAGUGAGAUUGAGGGGCACUGGCCGUUCCUGUUCACCGAAAGAGGCCUCUGCAGGCACUUCAAAAUCCUGACUGGGAUUGACAUCAGAAACCGCUUUAACGAAACUCUUCUCGUUAAAUCCAAGAGAAUACUGAACUAUUUCGGCAGACAGAGACUGAAGUGGAACGGAGAGAUCCAGAGCAUGCUGAGCGAGAUCGACGACGCCAAUGCAACCGACAAUAACAGGAUAGCCAUGUCAGCCAUCCUGUUGAUGAUGAAAUACUUUAAGGAAAAGGACAACGCUGUAUUCAUCUUAGCAGAUGAAAACUCUACUAAGACGUCCAUCGAAAAUGAAAUCAGCUUACCCGCGACGCCCCGGCUCAUCAUGCUCGGUGAGACGUUGCUGACUUCUUCAAAGUGGUUUGUCAGUAUUGAAGGCAGAGUAACACAUUCUAUAGACGACCAGCUGGACUUUGCAGCAGCAUUGUCUGUGUUCUUUGGGUGCUUCUAUGCUUUUAAUAUCGAGUAUGAGGAGUCAGCCAGUGCCACCCUGGAGCUUAUUCAGAGGUUCUUCGUGAGGAUUAAUCCCGAGGGCACUAAAUGUACCUCAAAAUCAGGCACAAGUCGAAGGACGGGUUCGGCUGUUCAAAGGAAACCCCAAAACUUUAAUACCCGUGUGGCUACAUUUAUGCAGAGGCUUUCAGAAUUUGAGUGGAAAACAACAAGUUAAAAUUGCCUUCAUCCCGGCCUUGCUCUGAAAACUACUGCUACUGCUACUAUGAUGGGUUACUACUUAAGUGACAGGUUUUUUUGUUUGUUUGUUUUUUUUUUUACAUUGUUAGACUUUCUUUUUUAUAUCUUGUUAUUACUUGUUCUGCUCUUUUUGAAUGUUGCUGGAAUGUUUGUAUUAUAAAUAUUUUAUUACGUUUAAGUCAUUCAUGCAACAAUAAAAAA